GAGAAGCUCGGCGGCGUCAUGGCGGCUUCCUAGAGAUAAGGCUCCUCAGUAGGAAGCGGGAUAUAGACAAGCUCAAGGGAGCUGGAAAGCGGCCCCUUUAAACGGAUUUGUUAGUAUUUUUACGUACUUACCGAAUUUAUAUAGCUACGCUACCGAGAUCCGGGACACGAGCCAGGCCUUCUCCGACGCUUUUGUAAACAAAGACAAGAUAACUCUCCUUGAGCACGGUUUGGGGGGUAGACCCCAUAGCCGGAAGGAGGUCUCACUGUAGCCGGCAUCAGCCCGUGUCUUGUGUGAAGGCCUCGCGGGCAUCUGCAGCGGACCCUCAGUGCGGGGAUUGUCGCGUGCCGGCCUCGAGCCGAAGACCAGCGCGCGCAAGACAAGAGGCAACCCUGUGGAUUUCCUCAUACCUACAGUGUUUUAUUGAAGAAGUCAGUGAUUCAUGUGGGAGUAUUAACAUCUAUUCAUAAACCACCUGAAUUUGUACAUAAUUGUUUUAAAUCUGUGAAUAUUUAACAAUGAAUGGACACAGUGAUGAAGAAAGCAACAGUAGUGGAAAUUCAAGCCAUUCUGAUAAUGACUCUGGUUCUGGAUCCAGCUCGGGGAGCAGUAGCGAUGGCAGCAGCAGCCAGUCGGGGAGCAGCGACUCUGACAGCGGCUCUGAGUCUGGGAGCCAGUCUGAUUCCGAGUCCGAGAGCACAAAUGAAAAGAAAAUUGUUCAGUCCAAGCCACCGAGAAUGGAUGGUGCAGAGUUUUGGAAAUCUAAUCCCAGUAUUCUUGCCGUGCAAAGAUCUGCUAUGAUAAGGAAGCAGCAACAGCAGCAGUUGCAGAGGCCACAAGCAUCUUCAAAUAGCGCGUCAGAAGAGGACUCCUCUAGCACCGAUGAUUCAGAUGCGGAUUCUAGUGACAAGAAGAAGAAACACAAGGAUGAAGAUUGGCAGAUGUCCGGCUCAGGUUCUGCUAGUGGCUCUUCAUCGUCCAGUUCCAGUUCAGAUUCGGACACAGGGGGGGAUAGACAGAAAAGCAGCAGUAGGGACAGCGAAUCUGAUUAUGAACCGAGCCAUAAAGUUAAAAACAAGAAGGCUCAAAACAGAACCAAAGCCAAAAAUGGAAAGAAAAGUGUUAGCCAAAAGAAGAGAGAAGCAGAUUCUUCAGAUGAUGAUGAUGACUACGAUAAGAGAGGAUCUCGUCGGCAAGCCACCGUCAACGUUAGUUAUAAGGAAGAUGAGGAAAUGAAAACCGAUUCAGAUGACUUACUGGAAGUAUGUGGGGAGGAUGUUCCUCAACCUGAAGAAGAUGAGUUUGAAACAAUAGAAAGAGUAGUGGAUUCCCGGUUUGGACGCAAAGGAGUCACUGGUGGUACGACCACUAUUUAUGCUGUGGAGGCAGAUGGCGACCCAAAUGCUGGUUUUGACAAAACAAAAGAGCCCGGGGAGGUACAGUAUCUAAUCAAAUGGAAAGGCUGGUCCAGUAUCCAUAACACAUGGGAGACGGAAGAGACGUUAAAACAGCAAAAUGUAAAAGGAAUGAAGAAACUGGACAACUACAAGAAAAAGGAGCAAGAAAAAAAAAGAUGGUUGAAAGCUGCAUCACCUGAAGAUGUAGAGUACUACAAUUGUCAGCAGGAGUUGACUGAUGACCUGCAUAAACAGUAUCAGAUUGUUGAAAGAAUUAUAGCACAUUCAAAUCAGAAAUCUGCUGCUGGAUAUCCCGAUUAUUUCUGCAAAUGGCAAGGGCUGCCUUAUUCAGAAUGCAGCUGGGAGGAUGGAGCACUCAUAGCCCGGAAGUUUCAGGCAAGGAUUGACGAGUACGUCUGUCGAAAUCAGUCCAAGACCAUUCCAUUUAAGGAAUGCAAGGUUUUGAAACAGAGACCAAGAUUUGUAGCUCUGAAAAAACAGCCAUCCUAUAUCGGAGGGAGCGAUGCUCUAGAGCUGAGAGAUUAUCAGCUAAAUGGCUUAAAUUGGCUGGCGCAUUCAUGGUGCAAGGGAAACAGCUGUAUUCUAGCAGAUGAAAUGGGCUUGGGAAAAACCAUUCAGACCAUUUCUUUUCUGAAUUAUUUAUUCCACGAACACCAGCUCUAUGGACCUUUUUUAAUUGUUGUUCCACUUUCUACGCUCACAUCUUGGCAAAGAGAAAUUCAAAUCUGGGCUCCAUUAAUGAAUGCUGUGGUUUACCUUGGUGAUAUUAACAGUAGAAAUAUGAUCCGAACUCAUGAAUGGAUGCACCCGCAAACGAAGAGGCUUAAAUUCAACAUACUUCUAACGACAUAUGAGAUACUGCUUAAAGACAAGUCAUUUUUAGGAGCUGUUAAUUGGGCUUUCAUAGGAGUUGAUGAAGCCCAUCGCUUAAAGAAUGACGAUUCCUUGCUGUACAAGACCAUGAUAGACUUCAAGUCCAAUCAUCGGCUUCUUAUCACUGGAACCCCGUUGCAAAACUCACUGAAGGAACUGUGGUCUUUGCUUCAUUUCAUCAUGCCUGAAAAGUUUUCUUCUUGGGAGGAUUUUGAAGAGGAGCAUGGCAAAGGCCGAGAGUAUGGCUAUGCGAGUCUCCACAAAGAACUAGAACCAUUUCUUCUAAGAAGAGUGAAGAAGGAUGUGGAGAAAUCUUUGCCUGCUAAGGUUGAACAGAUAUUGCGGAUUGAAAUGAGUGCUUUGCAGAAACAGUACUAUAAGUGGAUUUUAACAAGGAAUUAUAAGGCUCUAAGCAAAGGCUCCAAGGGAAGUACGUCAGGCUUCCUCAACGUAAUGAUGGAGCUAAAGAAGUGUUGUAACCAUUGCUACCUCAUUAAACCUCCAGAUGAUAAUGAAUUCUACAACAGACAAGAGGCUUUACAGCACUUAAUAAAGAGUAGUGGGAAGCUAAUUCUUCUUGACAAGUUGUUAAUUCGCUUGCGAGAACGUGGUAACAGAGUUUUGAUCUUCUCACAAAUGGUGCGGAUGCUGGACAUCCUCGCAGAAUAUCUAAAGUCACGGCAGUUUCCCUUUCAAAGACUUGAUGGGUCCAUUAAAGGAGAAAUUAGAAAGCAAGCUCUGGAUCAUUUUAAUGCAGAAGGAUCGGAGGAUUUCUGUUUUCUGCUCUCGACCAGAGCUGGAGGGCUUGGAAUAAAUCUGGCAUCUGCAGAUACAGUUGUGAUAUUUGAUUCAGACUGGAACCCACAAAAUGAUUUGCAGGCCCAAGCUAGAGCUCACAGAAUUGGACAGAAGAAACAGGUGAAUAUUUAUCGCUUGGUCACCAAGGGAUCAGUAGAAGAAGAAAUUAUUGAAAGGGCAAAAAAGAAAAUGGUGCUAGAUCAUCUUGUAAUUCAGCGUAUGGACACCACGGGCAAGACGGUUUUACAUACUGGAUCAACACCAUCAAGUUCUACACCGUUUAACAAAGAAGAAUUAGCUGCUAUUUUAAAGUUUGGUGCUGAGGAACUUUUUAAAGAGCCUGAAGGAGAAGAAGAGGAGCCUCAGGAAAUGGACAUCGAUGAGAUAUUGAAAAGAGCGGAGACGCGUGAAAACGAAGGUGGUCCUUUCACUGUGGGGGAUGAGUUACUUUCCCAGUUUAAGGUUGCUAACUUUUCGACGAUGGAUGAUGAUGAUAUUGUGGAUCCUGAAAGAAAUUCAAAGUCCUGGGAUGACAUUAUUCCUGGUGAUCAGAGAAGACGAAUCGAAGAAGAAGAAAGGCAGAAGGAACUGCAAGAAAUCUAUCUGCUCCCGAGGAUGAGGAAUUGCGCGAAGCAGGCAAACUUUAAUGGAAGUGAAGGGAGACGCAGUAGGAAUAGAAGGUACUCCGGGUCUGACAGUGAUUCUAUGUCUGAUCAACAACGCCCUAAGAAACGUGGUAGACCAAGAACUAUCCCGAGAGAGAAUAUUAAAGGCUUCAGCGAUGCAGAGAUAAGAAGGUUUAUCAAGAGUUAUAAAAAGUUUGGUUGCCCACUUGAGAGGUUAGAUGCAAUUGCUCGGGAUGCUGAGCUGGUGGAUAAAUCUGAGACAGAUCUCCGGCGACUUGGAGAACUUGUGCACAACGGCUGUAUUAAAGCCUUGAAAGAUAGCUCUUCUGGCACCGAAAGAACAGGGGGACGACGUGGGAAAAUGAAAGGACCGACAUUCCGUAUCUCUGGUGUUCAAGUAAAUGCCAAGCUUGUCAGUUCUCAUGAAGAAGAGCUGGCUCCAUUGCACAAGUCGAUUCCUUUGGAUGCCGAGGAGAGAAAAAGGUAUGUUAUGCCUUGUCACACCAAAGCAGCUCACUUUGAUAUUGACUGGGGCAAAGAAGAUGACUCCAAUCUUUUAAUUGGUAUCUAUGAAUAUGGGUAUGGCAGCUGGGAAAUGAUCAAAAUGGACCCUGACCUCAAUUUAACACAAAAGAUUUUACCUGAUGAUCCAGAUAAGAAACCCCAGGCCAAGCAGUUGCAAACAAGAGCAGACUACCUCAUUAAGCUUCUUAACAAGGACCUGGCACGGAAAGAAGCACAACGGCUCUCUGGAGGGGGUAAUUCAAAACGAAGAAAAAUGAGAACAAAAAAGAGCAAAGUUUCAAAACCUGUAAAAGUUGAGGAAGAAAUAAAAAGUGAAUCGUCGCCACCUUCUUCAGAAAAAUCAGAUGAUGAAGAUGACGAGGAUGAGGAAAAGGAGGACGUCUCUGUUAAAAUUCCAAACAAAAAAAUUAAAUCGGAGAAGGAAACUGAGGAUCGAGCAGAGCCUGAAGUAAAUGUGAAAAAGGAACCUGAAGAAAAGAGAGAAUUAAAAGAAAGCAAGAAAGAUAUAAAGAAAGAAAAAAGGGAGGAGAAGAGAGACACUAGUGAAAAAGAAAGCAAAGACAAAAAGGAAGCGAAAGCUAAAGAGCCUGUUAAAGACAAAGAUGUCAAAGAAGAAAAGGCUAAUGACAUAAAACCUGAAAAGGAAAAGAAUAAGAAAAAUAUCAGCGCAGAGACCCCUGUUCACAUUACUGCUAGUAGUGAGCCUGUUCCAAUUUCAGAGGAAGCAGAAGAACUUGAUCAAAAAACUUUCAGUGUUUGUAAAGAAAGAAUGAGGCCGGUAAAGGCAGCGUUAAAACAACUGGACCGACCGGAAAAAGGAUUGUCUGAGAGAGAGCAGCUUGAGCACACUCGACAGUGCCUGAUCAAAAUUGGGGAUCACAUCACUGAGUGCUUGAAAGAGUACUCUAAUCCUGAUCAGAUAAAACAGUGGAGAAAAAAUUUAUGGAUAUUUGUGUCAAAGUUCACGGAAUUUGAUGCCAGGAAGCUGCACAAGCUAUACAAACAUGCAAUCAAAAAACGACAAGAAUCUCAGCACAACGAUCAGAAUGUUGGCAGCACUGUGAACACAGCAAUAAGGCAUCCGGAUGUAGAGAGGCUAAAGGAAAAUACCAACCAUGAUGACAGCAGUCGGGACAGUUACUCUUCUGACAGACAUGUAUCUCAGUAUCACGAUCAUCAUCACAAAGAUCGGCAUCAGAGUGAUUCUUACAAGAAGGGCGAGUCCAGGAAAAGGCCGUAUUCUAGCUUCAGCAAUGGUAAAGAUCACAGAGACUGGGAUCACCACUACAAACAGGACAGAUACCACAAUGAUGGCAAACACAGAAAACUGGAUGACCACAGAAGCAGAGAUCAUAGGUCUAAUAUGGAAGGGGGUUUAAAAGAUAGACCUGUUUCUGACCACAGAUCCCAUUCUGACCAUCGUUUACAUUCAGACCACCGUUCCGCUUCUGAAUACAGCCAUCACAAAUCUUCCAGGGAUUACCGGUACCAUUCAGACUGGCAAAUGGACCAUCGAGCCUCUAGUAGUGGACCACGAUCACCCUUAGAUCAGAGGUCUCCAUAUGACUCACGAUCUCCUUUGGGGCGCAGGUCACCUUUUGAAUGUUCAUCUGAUCAUAAAAGCACCCCUGAACAAAUAUGGAGUGGCCGUAAAACAUAACACGAGGAUUACUUUCCUGAACUUUAGCCAUAUUCACUAAACUUUCACAGUGAUUGCCUUAUGUGACAUUAAAGAAAUGGACUAGACUUGGAGUGUCGCAAACAUUGUUUCUACUUUUCAAGAAUGCAAGGUCCAUUAUCACAACAGAACAGAAGAAUAUUUUUGUACUUAAGGUAUAUGCUGCACUGCUGCAAAUGUGGCAUUUUUUUAAGAAACAAGAUGUUUACUAUUUCGGAGACCUCAGCACUGCCCAUUGAGACUGAAUUUUAAUAAAUAAAAACUUUACAUCAGAUUAUCUUGAAUUGUAAAUUCUUUAUUUUGACCUACGAUCAAGUUUGAGAAAUUAGAGGCUUUUUAUUAUCCCGGGAAACACUCUGUGACUUGGUUGACUUUCCAAAGCUGUUUGUUUACAUUGUACACUGCAACCACCUUGCCGCUUCUCAUCAUAUGCUUGAAUAUUUAAACGCUGUACCUAAACUGUAAAAUAGCCACUCUUUUUUCUUUUCUGUGAUCAACUGUAAUUUUUUUUUUUUUUACAAACUACACUGCUGUAAAUUAUUGUAAAUUAAUUAAAUGAACAUUUUUUUUCCUUUCUCAGGCUUUCUUUGACUGUUCCUUUCCCCACAACUCAGGCCUUCUCAAGUAUAGAAAUGUGUAUGUUCAUUAACUCAAAAAACAAAAACAUUUUGAUGGAAUGACUGUUCAGGAUGACAAAAAUGGGGAAAGGGAACACUAAUUCCAGUCAUAUGCUCUAUAGUGUUCCACUUUAUUAAUAUUCUUUAUUAGAAUUGUUUUAAUUUUUAAAAUAUCAGUGUUGUAUUGAAACAGUGCAAAAAAUGUAUACCUUCAAAUUUUACUCAUCCGAAAAGUAUUUGAUUAUGUUUUGAAAAGUCCGAUAACUGCACACAAGUUGGUGUCCAGAGUGGCCAAAUUCUGUAAAUCCGUUUGUUUUCCUUUUUUUAAUGAAAUGGCAAUAAUGUCAAAUGUGCUAUGCAGCCAGUAUAAUUUUUAAUGAGUUGGCUUUAUAAAUUGUUAAAUACACAUUGAUUGUAUAUAGAUUUCUUCUCUCUAUAUAAAUGUAUAUGAGAAAUUAAACUUAAGAACCAUCA